AUGUUUAUAAGUUGUAUUUUAGUCUUCAUUAAUGAAGUGAAUUGUACUCACAGCAGAAGUUGGUGCUUACGACAGCAUAAAACUAAACAAAAUGAACAUGUGAAUCAAGAAAAACAGUCAAAACACUAUGAAGUCGACAGACGAUUUCCUUUCCGCGCGAAAAAUACUCAUCAAAUUCAAUCAAAGAAGUAUUUUCUAAAAAGUAUACAAUUAACUGUUAUGAGUUUAUCUUUUAAUAAUUCUUUUAUUGAUAUUAUACUUUUUCCAACUUCUAUUAUGAUGCAAAUAUUCCCUAAAUAUGAUUUAGCAAUCUAUUCUUUUAUUAAAUAUAUAUUUAACUGGACAAUGGCAAAUAAUUUUACAUUUAGCGCCACAUUAAGCAUGCAAUUAUACCUUAUAAGUGAUUCAUUAAAACAAAGUCAAGGUGUUCAAUGUCUUAGAAAGUAUUGUUUAAUCAAUACUAGCGGUAAUAAUUCAUCAUUUAAAUUAUCUUAUGCACAAAUAUUUUUAAUUUGGUUUACUAAUGCUGGUUUAUAUGCAAUUCUUCCAUUAUAUCUUGAUUUGAUUAAAUUAUCCAGGCCUAGUAUAAAUACUCAAAGUCAAAAUUUAUCCCUAUUGGCUAAAUUCUCAUGUAUUGUGAAUUCUUGCUUAGUGAAAUAUUUGCAUAUUUUUUACACACUACUGUCUUUUUCUCAAUUAGUAGUAUCAUUGAUUUUCUUACAUAGAGUACAUGCAUUAAUUAUUUGUGUAAAAAAUUUAAUUCAUUCAACAUCUAAUGAAAUUCCAGUGGAUUCAAUGAUUAAAAAUAUUGAAAUUAAAUCAAAUUCAUCUUUUAUUACAUCAAUACAAUCAAAAAUUUCAAACAGAUCAUCAACUUUAAAAUUUAAUGCUUUAUUGGAAUAUACUCGAGGUAUUUGGAUUAUACGUUUAUAUGGGAUAUCUGUUUUGCUCACUGGACUAUUGUGCACACUUCAAAAUCUGCUGAAAAGUUUUGAUUUCAACAUUGAUUUCAAUGUUACUUCAUUGACUAGCAAUCUUCUACUAUUGAAAACUUUAUCAGAUCCAAUACUAUUGACUUAUGGAUUCAAAAGUUUACGUGUCACCAUGUUUGACAUCUGCAGUCUUUGUCACUAUUGUGACAUAGCAUCAGAAAAAUACUUGUCGUCAACAUUUGCGGCUUAG